AUGAAGAAGGUGGCGCCCUUUUUCACUGCAAAAGGAUUGGAGUUCCGUGUCGAGUACAUCAACAGCGUCAGAAACUGGUCUGGCACCCUUCCGAAAGUGACUUCAUUGUAUGGAGCUUAUCGACGCCGAACAAUUCGCGAUACUGAAGUCAUACCGCACUCAUUCACCUUUGUCAGACGAGACCGUAUGCCUCGCAACCUCUUGGACCAGGCUGAGGAGCGCCUGCCCUCGUGGCACCGCCCAACAGAUGCUGAUGUCUUUUGCCUCGUGAAGGAGGAGCGCGCCGAAGAACUCACUGAUCUGGCCAAGCAUUUGUCAGAUUUUUACCCGCAGUAUGGUAAGGCCAUGCUUGCCUUCUUGGCGCAGCCGCAAGUGGCAGCCGAGCUCCCAGCACCUCCGGGGCCAGUGCUGACAAUGGUCCCAACCACAACCCGCAAGAAUGUGUACAUUCAUCCCUGGCAUCUCGACAUGUCAGACGCAGCCAAAUAUGGCUUGAAUGGGAAAUGGCCCUCGAACGUUGCCAUCCGGACCCACCUGCCGUCGGUCAUCCAAGCUGGCUAUCAGUCUGAAAAGGAGAGCCUGGAGAUCAAGUUCCCGGCAGUAAGGAUGAAACGGUUGGGGAACAAGUCAGCAUCCCUUCGGGACAUCCUCUUCACUUCAAUUGCAGAGUACAACCGCGGUGUUGCCCAGAAGGCAUUCAAGGUAAAGGAUGACCUCAAACGCUUGAUAUAUGGACUACUCCGAUGCCCGCCUGAACUGCUGACACUUCUCCGCGAGCUGUCAGACAACUACAAGUGGACAGAGUCAGCACUGACUCUCGACAACAUGGGGGAGUUCUUCGUGCCUGGCUCUCUGCUGUGCAGCGCUCAAGUGACCGACCCUUUCUGGAGAGAAGCCAAGGCCAGGUUGUAA